GUUACCUGCGCGCCGCCCAGCCCAGUCCCGGCCCGCCCGCCUGCUCCUCGGCCGCGAGCGCCGCCGCCAGAGCGCGGAGAGGCUGGGCCGAACGAGGCCGAGCCGGGCGAGAGCCGAACCUUCCCUCGCGCGCCUCCCCGCCCGGCUGCCGCGGCCAUGGGCGACAACAUCCCCCUGCAGCCGGUACGGCAGAAGAAGCGGAUGGACCACAAGCACCGCGGCGGGUGUUGCGAGUGCUUAAGAUGUUGUGGACGAGGAGACCCGAGGCCUCGAACUGUUUGGCUUGGCCACCCAGAAAAGAGAGAGCAACGAUACCCACGCAAUGUGAUCAACAACCAAAAAUACAACUUCUUUACUUUUUUACCAGGGGUGCUGUUCAAUCAAUUUAAAUACUUCUUCAACCUCUACUUCUUGUUUCUGGCCUGUUCCCAAUUUGUUCCUGAAAUGAGACUUGGUGCCCUGUACACGUAUUGGGUUCCACUGGGUUUUGUGCUUACCGUGACCAUCAUCCGCGAGGCAGUAGAGGAGAUCCGAUGCUACAUGCGCGAUAAGGAAGUAAACUCUCAGAUCUACAGCAAACUCACAGCAAGAGGAACAGUCAAGGUGAAGAGUUCAAAUAUUCAAGUGGGAGACCUUAUCAUUGUGGAAAAGAACCAACGAGUCCCGGCUGACAUGAUCUUCCUGAGGAUAUCGGAAAAGAAUGGGUCCUGUUUUCUACGUACGGAUCAGUUGGAUGGCGAAACAGACUGGAAGCUGCGUCUCCCUGUCAGCUGCACUCAGAGAUUACCCACUGCUUCAGAUCUCCUUCAGAUCCGAUCAUACGUGUAUGCAGAGGAGCCUAACAUUGACAUCCACAACUUCGUUGGGACUUUUACUAGAGAAGACAGCGACCCUCCAGUGAAUGAGAGUUUAAGCAUUGAAAAUACCCUGUGGGCUAGCACAGUGAUUGCUUCAGGAACUGUUGUGGGAGUGGUUCUGUAUACAGGCCGGGAGCUGCGCAGUGUCAUGAACACAUCGAAUCCACGGAGUAAGAUUGGGCUCUUUGACCUGGAAGUGAACUGCCUCACCAAGAUUCUCUUUGGUGCUUUAGUGGUGGUUUCGCUUGUCAUGGUAGCUCUUCAACACUUCGCUGGCCGUUGGUAUCUUCAGAUCCUCAGAUUUCUUCUCCUUUUCUCAAACAUCAUUCCAAUCAGUUUACGCGUGAACCUCGACAUGGGGAAAAUAGUGUACAGCUGGAUGAUCCGGAGGGAUUCCAAAAUUCCUGGCACAGUGGUUCGAUCCAGCACAAUCCCAGAACAAUUAGGAAGAAUAUCCUAUUUGCUUACAGAUAAAACAGGGACCCUAACGCAAAAUGAGAUGGUUUUCAAACGCCUGCACCUUGGAACUGUGGCUUAUGGACUAGACUCCAUGGAUGAAGUUCAGAGCCAUAUAUUUAGUAUAUACACUCAGCAAUCCCAGGAGCCACCUGCUUUAAAAGGUCCCACCUUGACUACCAAAGUCCGGAAAACCCUGAGCAGUCGGGUCCACGAGGCGGUGAAAGCAAUAGCCCUCUGCCACAAUGUGACUCCUGUCUAUGAAUCAAAUGGUGUGACGGAUCAGGCAGAAGCGGAGAGGCACUACGAAGAUUCCUGCAGGGUGUACCAAGCUUCUAGUCCUGAUGAGGUGGCCCUGGUACAGUGGACAGAGAGUGUAGGCUUGACCCUGGUUGGCAGAGAUCAGUCUUCUAUGCAGCUGAGGACGCCUGGUGGCCACAUCUUAAAUUAUACCAUUCUGCAGAUCUUUCCAUUCACUUACGAAAGUAAACGUAUGGGGAUCAUCGUUCGGGAUGAAUCUACAGGAGAAAUCACUUUCUACAUGAAAGGGGCUGAUGUGGUGAUGGCUGGCAUUGUUCAAUACAAUGACUGGCUGGAAGAAGAGUGCGGCAAUAUGGCCAGAGAAGGGCUCAGGGUCCUUGUGGUCGCCAAGAAAUCCCUGACCGAGGAGCAAUAUCAAGACUUUGAGGCACGCUACAUCCAGGCAAAGCUCAGCGUCCAUGACCGGUCCCUGAAGGUGGCGACUGUGAUAGAGAGCCUGGAGAUGGAGCUGGAGCUGCUGUGCCUGACCGGAGUAGAGGAUCAGCUGCAGGCCGAUGUCAGGCCUACCCUGGAAACUCUGAGGAAUGCUGGCAUAAAGGUAUGGAUGCUCACAGGGGAUAAAUUGGAAACAGCCACAUGUACAGCUAAGAAUGCACAUCUGGUCACCAGGACCCAGGACAUUCAUAUAUUUAGACUGGUGACCAACCGUGGAGAAGCUCACUUGGAACUCAACGCCUUCCGCCGCAAGCAUGACUGUGCGCUUGUGAUCUCUGGCGAUUCCUUGGAGGUAUGCUUGAAAUAUUACGAGUACGAGUUUAUGGAACUGGCAUGCCAGUGCCCGGCAGUGGUCUGCUGCAGGUGUGCCCCAACGCAGAAGGCUCAGAUUGUGCGCUUGCUCCAAGAGAGAACUGGGAAGCUGACUUGCGCAGUCGGUGAUGGUGGAAAUGAUGUCAGUAUGAUUCAGGAAGCGGAUUGUGGUGUCGGAGUGGAAGGAAAGGAAGGUAAGCAAGCUUCCCUCGCUGCAGAUUUCUCCAUCACUCAGUUUAAGCAUCUGGGCCGGUUGCUGAUGGUGCACGGACGGAACAGCUACAAAAGAUCCGCUGCUCUCAGCCAGUUUGUGAUCCACAGGAGCCUGUGCAUCAGUACCAUGCAGGCUGUUUUCUCUUCGGUGUUCUACUUUGCCUCCGUUCCGCUCUACCAGGGCUUCCUCAUUAUUGGAUAUUCUACAAUCUACACCAUGUUUCCAGUGUUCUCUCUGGUCCUGGACAAGGAUGUCAAAUCAGAAGUUGCCAUGCUGUACCCAGAGCUCUACAAAGAUCUUCUGAAGGGGAGGCCGUUAUCCUACAAAACGUUUUUAAUAUGGGUUUUGAUAAGCAUCUAUCAAGGUAGCAUCAUAAUGUAUGGAGCGCUGCUGCUCUUUGAAUCAGAGUUUGUCCACAUUGUGGCUAUUUCCUUCACAUCCUUGAUCCUCACGGAGUUGUUGAUGGUGGCACUGACAAUCCAGACGUGGCAUUGGCUCAUGAUAGUGGCAGAAUUACUCAGUCUUUCCUGCUACAUCGCCUCACUGGUCUUCUUACAUGAAUUUAUUGAUGUUUAUUUCAUCGCAACCUUAUCAUUCUUGUGGAAGGUGACCGUCAUCACUCUGGUCAGCUGUCUCCCUCUCUAUGUCCUGAAGUACCUGAGGCGAAGAUUCUCUCCUCCAAGCUAUUCGAAGCUGACAUCAUAGGUGCUUCUGUCAAUGAAGCAAAGACUCAUUUUUUGCACAGUGCUCACAGACAAAAUCCGUGUGUGUUCAUCAUAGUAACAGCUGCAUCUGACAGUUGCGUGCCAGGAUUGUGCAUUGGCUAGUGACCUUUGCAGACAAAGACUGAAUGAUUGACAGUUAAGCAAGAUGGCUAGGAGCUGACCAAGUAAGCAGGGGAAACUAACAGGUGCACUGCGUGAUCGGUCAAGUUCUGCCCAUUUAUAUUUAUUUUAAGCGAAGUCCAAGACAGGUAUCUGCAAAGAGCAGGGCUUCCAAUGUGCAAUCAGCUUACUGGAAAACUGUGAAGUAAGCUAUUUAUUUGAAAAAUGUUCUCAUAAUUUGUUUUCCUUUGUAUUCCUUCCUUGUGAUGUUUUAUAUUACUAAUCUUUUUGGUUCAGGUAGAUAUAAGCCUUUGAGCAUCUUGGGAAAUCCUUUCAAAUGGGUGACUCAUUUUACUGUUAAAUAGGCAACUCUUACGGUGCCAUACUGUGUCCCAAACCAGAAGUGAACAUCUCAGUAGGACGUGGUUUUCUUUAAACCCCCUUGAAGAAAAAAUGUCCUGCCGUGACUCUUUCCUGCUGUGAUGUGACCAUAUUAUUUUUAAAGGGACUCCAUGGAUUUGGAAAAGGGAAAACUCUUGUUUUAUUCAACAGCAGUGUUUGAGGAAAGACAAAUUUUAUAAUAGCUAUCCUGUAAGGUGCCAAGAACACAGUGCAUAGCAAGCAUAGCUUGCCACAUAGGACUUAACACAGAAGUGGAGACCACAUUUGCAGGGGGAAUGGAUGGUGGGGGAGGCUUCAUCCUUCCCAUAUAAUCCCGCUUCUUAGCCACUUUUCUUCCAGUUUUCCUCUAGCCAAUGCUGAGUCUUGGUGUGGGGGGAGGAAGGAAUGUGAAGCAAAAGGAGAAUUGGUGCAUUAGGGAACAUGAAGCACCUGAUUGUUCCUGAAAAUGCCCCUCCUCUGCAUUACCAUUCACCAGCAAAUACAUAUUUGCUAAGGUAAGGCAUGCUUCUGCCCAAAUGGCCAAGUUGUAUCAGGCUCGUCUAGUAUAUCUGGCAACUUCUGGCUUUUUGACUUUCUCCACUCUUUAACUGUUUCUAGAGACAGUUGGCCAGAAGCGCACAUACAUGUGCUAUGAUAAAAGAACCUGGGAAUUAAGCCCAGGGAGACACCAGAUACCAGUGAGUUCCAAGUACAUCGGGCAGGUAGCAGCUCUAGAUUAGAAGAUGUCUCUGGGCUGGCUGGUAGUAUGGAUAACACUGCUGUCUAAUAGAACCACACUACUUUUGACCUUCCUAGACCUUUUGGAAGGAAACUUGCUGCUAAUAGUCUUUUGUGAAAAGUAUCAGAAAUGUUGUUCUGCAGAAAAGUAACGGAUGCAUUAUGAAUCAUUAAAGAUUUGAAAGGGAAAGGU